AUGAAUUGGACUCAUCGUCGUCCGUUUCGGAAUCAAUUUAUUUGUGGUGUUGGUAUGAAUAAAACAUCAACGAAUCGUCAAUUGACAUUUCGUGAACAUUUUAAUGUUCCAAAACAAAUAUCUGAAAAGCCUAUUGAUGCAGUUCGUCUUCAAUUGGCUGAUGAUGAAAAUGAUAAUCGUACGAAUCCAUGUCCAGUUCAUCGCCAAGACGAAUAUAAUUCUCAUCGAAUUCAUCCAUAUAUAAGAACAUUUUCUGAUCAUAAUUCAUCGUUACGACGAACACAUUCAUCGAUUCAUUCGAUUUCAACUAUUGAAACUGAUUUUGUUCAUCAACGAGUAUCAACCAUUCAUACAUAUCCAUCAGCGCCUUCAGUUGUAGAACGUCAACAAGUCAUUGAUGAAGACAAUUCUGAUGAUCCAAUUUUAAUUGAAAAUGAAAAACCAAAAACUGAAAUAAAUCAACCUACAAAUAUUCCAAAUUUUAAGGAACAAUCAAAUCAAUGUCGUACAUGUUUAAUGCUCAUUGAAAUUGUUGAUCAACAAGCGCAACAAAUUCGACAAUAUACAGAACAAAUUUCUCAACAAUCUGAUUUACUUGCUAAAUUAGCUCGACGUUUUGCUGGAAUUGAAGAAGAAAUCGAUGAUCAAAGGUCAGAUAAUACAACAGAGCAACGAUCAGUUCAUUGA